GCAGCAAGAGUCACGGAUCCACUCUCACGGUCACGUGGAAACUGUCAGGUACCUGCCGGUUUCACCUGACUUCAAAGUACGCUGCGACAUCUGGCAUUUCCGAUUGCAAGCGAAGGCAGCGUCAGAGGACCCCGAUGCGGCACCGAAUCCAGUUAAAGUGAGUCUCACUCCGCUUCGAAACUGUUUUUAACGCGCUGGUUGUCAGCGGCCCGGGGCUCGGCUCCAUCUCCGAGUCUGCCCCGACCGGAACCGGGUUCUGUUUCGGCUUCCGUGCGGCUGUUAGCAUGUUAGCGGCUAACGGCGGCAGGUUGCGUGAAGUUGCUGAAAAGUUGCGGGACGCAGCUGCGUGCACGCAGUGCGCUUGGAGCCGCGGCAGAGGGGCGGGGCGGCGUCACGCUGCGUGUUUGGGAGUUUCGGUGGAUCCUGAAGGUGUUUUUCACCUGUCCGCGUGCCCGCCUGAGCCCCCGCGCACCUGUUGAAUCUGCGCACGUCUCGCCCACGAGCCCCUCUACAAUUGAGCCGGCUCGGUUCUGUAUUGUGGAACCAGGUUUCAGAUUUUCUGGAUGUUUCCACCCUUUGGCCCUCCUCCCUCCUUCCCUCCCUCCCCCUGAGCUCAGUUUCACUUCCUGUUUGCCGCCGUAGGUGAGCUCAGGUGGGCUGAUUCCCAGACUGGUUUCACAUCAGAAUGGGAACGCUGUGACGUGGCUGGAAUAGGCGUCGGUUCUGGUUCCGGUUCUGUGGAUUUCCUCUCUCAUCAUCUCUGUGCUCCUCCUCCUCCUCCUCAGGUAGAUGAAGAGCAGCCGGAGUGAGGUCGACCAUGUUUGAAAAUGUCCCCACAGUGUCCUCAGUGGAGCGCCAGCAGGUUCUGGGAGCUCUGGAGCGUCUCCGGGCCAAACUGGUCCAGAGGGAGGAGUGGACCCACAGUGACAGGCUGGCCAACCUGCAGGUGGCGCUGCAGAGUCCGCUCUUCAGCCACAUCCUGACCCUGCAGCACUCCAUCAAGCAGCUGCGAGACCAGCUGAGUGACAUGCCUCCUGACGCCGACUUCGGCUUCUCCAAAAAGGGCCAACUCAUCUUGAGCGCCUUUGAUCCAACCACUACUUCAGCCACGCCCACCCGCUCAGACUCCUCCUCCGUCCUGACCAAUGGCUCAUAUCCAUCCACCCAUCAGACUCCACCCUCUCCUGACCAUCUGCAGGAGUGGCUCUUUGCUGCAGCCCAGGGGCGGGACACGCAGGUGAUCACCCUGACCCGGCCCCCUUCCACCAGUCUGGGCUUUAGCGUGGUUGGUCCGAGUUCUGCAAGCGGCGCCGCUCAAGGCUUCUUUGUGAAACAUAUCCACCCCGGAGGGAUCGCCCACAGGGACGGGCGUCUCCGGGAGCAGGACCAGAUCCUGGCGAUAAACGGCAGUCUUCUAGACGCGGUAAUCAACCACCAAGAAGCCCUCAGCCUCCUUCAGCAGCCCGGGGAGAGGGUGGAGCUUGUUGUGGCCAGGAACCGCCCUCCUGAAUCAAAGGCCGCACCCCCCACGCUCCUAAGCACGGCUCAGUGGGGUCACGUGGAGGAGAUCGAACUCUUCAACGACGGAUCAGGUCUGGGCUUUGGCAUCGUUGGUGGGAAAACGAGCGGCAUGGUGGUCAGGACGAUCAUUCCGGACAGCGUAGCCGACAGGGAUGGACGCCUCCGCACAGGCGACCACAUCCUCCGCAUUGGGGCCACGCCCACCAGCGGCCUCACCAGCGACCAGGUGGUCCAGGUGCUGCAGGCCUGUGGCAGCCGUGUGAACAUGCUGAUCGCCAGGGACCCCCAUGCUCAGAAGUCGGUGGCCCCGCCCCCUCCACUACCUCCUGACUCCGCCCCCAUCACUGCUCCCCCACAACUGCCGGAAGCCCCUCCCCAGCAUUUUCCCAGCAAGAUGCCAAACCUGGAAGGAUAUGAGAUCCAUGAAGUUCCUCUCACCAAGAAGGACGGUCAGAGUUUGGGCAUCUCCAUCAUUGGCUACAACCCUCUGACCAGCUCAGAUGCUGUGGGCGUGUACGUGAAAGAGGUGGUUCCCGGCAGUCCUGCAGAUCUGAGCGGGAAUAUCCGAGUCCAGGAUCGCCUUCUAGCUAUGGACGGCGUGAGUCUCCACGGUCUGACCAACCAGGAGGUUCUGAAUGUGAUGAAGCAGACGGGCCGCAGCGUGCUUCUCACGCUGGUCAGGAAAAAAGCCCGAGCUCCAGAGAGAUCGCUGGAUAAAGUGCAGAGGGAGUCUUCUCAGGCGUCUUCCAGGAGGUCUCUGCAGAAGAAAACGCUGUCCUCAGAAUAUGGAUCCUUGACAAAGAAGCAGGAAGAGUUGUACCUGAACGCAGCUCGCCUGGACGAGGCUACAGAAGCAGAACUUCGGGCCAAAUGGGAACAGGCUUUGGGUCCAGACUAUCAAGUCCUGGUGGUGGAGCUGGAUCCAGUCAUAGAUGAUGCAGAGCUGCAGAAGUCAUCAAAGCUGCUGCCAGUCCACACUCUGCGUCUCGGUGUGGAGCUGGACUCCUUUGAUGGUCACCACUACAUCUCCUCUGUGGCUCCUGGAGGCCCCGUGGACCGACAUGGAGUCCUGAGACCGGAGGACGAGCUGCUGGAGGUGAAUAACGUUCAGCUGUACGGGAAGACCCGCCGUGAAGUGGUGUCCUUCCUCAAAGAAGUGCCUCCUCCCUUCACCCUGGUCUGCUGCCGACACCCCAUCUCUGAUCUGGAGCCAGAACCUGAGCUAGAAUCUGACUCUGAUCCAGAACCGGCGGUACCAGCAGAACCACCAACAAAACCUUCAGAGAGCAGCCUGGAAGAGAUGGAGAUGAAGCUGUCCUCCAUGUUUCUGGGACACCUGCAGCCAGACAGCAGACAGGAGCGAGUGUUGCCUGUUGAGGAUUUCUUGAGACAGGAAGUGACUCCCCAUCACAGUGAAAAGAAUGAAGAUGAGGAGAAGAAUGAGGAAGAGGAGGAGGGGGAGGAGCUCGCUCUUUGGUCCUCAGACAUCCAGAUGUUGGAGCUGCGAAAGCAGAGAGACAAAGGCCUCGGCUUCAGCAUACUUGAUUACCAGGACCCUUUGGAUCCUGGUCGCUGUGUGAUGGUGAUUCGUUCUCUGGUUCCUGGAGGCUCAGCAGAGAGCCAUGGAGGUCUUCUUCCCGGAGAUCAGCUGGUGUCAGUUAACGACACUCCUUUGGACACGCUCACUCUGGCCCAGGCUGUUGAGGUCCUGAAGGCUGCUCCACCUGGUCUGGUCCGCCUGGGAAUUCGCAAACCUCUCGUGGAAGGUCCAGGAGUGAGAAGAGAAGAACCCGUCCAAGAAAACGCUUCAGCAGCUGAUCAAAAGGGUUUGGGGGAAAACUCCGUCAUACCAGAGGAGGAGUUUGAGGAACCGGAGCUGAUCCUAGAUGGAGGUCUCCCUCGCUACACCACCCAUUUGAUCUCGGAUCUCCUGGCUGAAGAGGAGUUCAAUGAGAUGGCUGUGGAUGAAGAAGAAGAAGAAGAGGAGCAGAUGAAGGAUAGAGCUGAGGAAGAGUCGGGCUCCCUCCUCAGCUCUCCUCCAUCCUGGGAAGAAUGGAAGCUCACCUCCACUGAAGACACCAAAGGAGCAAAGGAGAUGUGGAGAAGAGAGAAGCAGGAGGAAAAGGAGGAUGACAGGCUGCAGAAGUCAGACAAUGAGAGCGUGGGAUCUUUGGGAAAAUUUAUAAUGGGUCUGUCCCAGUCCAUGGACAGCGAGGCCGACACCGAGCUCACUCUGACCGACACCGACACCGAGUCCGUCAAGAAGACUGACACAGCAAGAAGGAAGAGGCGGGGCCAAAAGGGAUCCUUUGAGCCAAUGAGAGGCGGUCACAGCCUUUUGCCUGAGAGGGAGGCAGGGGAGGGAGAGGAAACGCCCCCCUACAGCCAUUGGGGACCCCCCCGCAGGGUGGAGGUGUGGCCGGAGGAGGGGGAAUCUCUGGGCCUGAGCAUCGUCGGGGGUCGACACGUCAUAAAGCGGCUGAAGAACGGGGAGGAGCUGAAGGGAAUCUUCAUCAAGCAGGUUAUUCCAGGCAGUCCUGCUGCUCAGACCCAGAGGCUCAAGACCGGGGACAAGAUCCUAGAGGUGUCAGGCGUGGACCUGCGAGCUGCCAGUCACGAGGAGGCGGUCAGUGUCAUCAAGUCAGCUCCGAGCCCCAUUGUCUUCAUUGUUCAAAGCCUGUCAUCAGUUCCACGGCCCGCGUCUCUUACAGCAUCACACUACAAACAAAAACCCAAAAGGACAGAGUCUCUGAACCCAGAAACUGCCCCGCCCCCCUCCAGGCAGCCUCCCAACUACAGACCUCCAAGCCAACAAUCAGAGCCGGGCCUGUCCUCAGAGCUGGGCCGGGCUAAAGAGCGUUGGUGUGAGCGCUAUGGAGACCUGCAUGGGGAGCUGCUUUGCGUGGAGCUGGACAAGGAUCGGCAUGGUUUGGGUCUCAGCCUGGCAGGAAACCGGGAUCGCUCCUGUCUCAGCAUAUUUGUGGUGGGGCUUCAUUCUGGGGGGCCGGCAGCCCGCGACGGACGCAUUCAGGUCGGAGACGAGCUGCUGGAGAUCAAUGACCACAUUCUUUAUGGGCGGAGUCACCUGAACGCCUCGGCUAUCAUCAAGAGCGCCUCCUCAAAAGUGAAACUCAUUCUUCUCAGGAAUGAAGACGCUAUUAACCAGAUGGCUGUAGCCCCCUUUCCGACUCCACCACCUCCCCCACUCAUCCCCACUGAGAGUGCCUCCGCCCCCUUAGAUGGUCCCCGCCCACCUGGAAGUCUGAGGCUCCACCCCUUGUCAGACACUCCUGACGAGAGGACGAGUGACGAAGCUGAACAAUGCGAAAGGAGUCGCAGCAGCGCCCCCCAGAGUCCGACAGAGACCAGUACCUCCACAAAGAGGCUGAAAGCUGCAGAAGCUCCAGAAAGUCAGCAGCAGGCUCCAAGGGCCCCAACGGUGCUUCAGUCCUUCAAGUCCAACAGCAGCUCCAAAGUCUCAUCUCCUCCUCUGAUCAGCCCCAACCUGCAAACCUUUCUCCCCGAUCCGUCCUGCUGCGCUGUGGUUCCUGGUCAGGAAACAGCUCUGGAGAUCUGUAAAGGCCGAUCGGGAUUAGGACUGAGCAUCGUAGGAGGCAGAGACACACAGCUGGAUGCCAUUGUGAUCCAUGAGGUUUAUGAAGAAGGAGCAGCAGCCAAAGACGGGCGCCUGUGGGCUGGAGAUCAGAUCCUGGAGGUGAAUGGUGUGGACCUCCGCGGGGCGUCCCACGAGGAGGCGAUUGCCGCCCUCCGUCAAACGCCAGCAAAGGUUCGGCUGACGAUACUCCGGGAUGAGGCCCAGGACAGAGACGAGGAGAACCUGGAUGUGUUUGAAGUGGAGCUGCAGAAGAGGAGCGGCAGAGGGCUGGGGCUCAGCAUCGUUGGGAAAAGAAGCGGCAGCGGCGUGUUCAUAUCUGAAGUGGUCAAAGGGGGCGCCGCUGAGCUAGAUGGUCGGCUGAUGCAGGGAGACCAGAUCCUGUCGGUGAAUGGAGAGGACACGAGACACGCCUCCCAGGAGGCUGCAGCUGCUAUUCUGAAGUGCGCCCGAGGUCCCAUCAUAUUGCAACUGGGUCGCCUCAAAGCAGCGUCGUGGAUUUCACCCAGAGGCAGCUCACGGGGGAGCCAGGUGAGUCACGUCAGCAGGAACAGCUCAGGUGUGGUGGCUCCACCCCUCUCUCAAAGCCCAAUAUCAUGUGACCCUCCAACUUCUACUCAAACUUUGAACAACAACACCACCAAAAGCAGCAGUAAUGUCACUUGGAGUUCAGGGGGGGACGCAGGCGUGCGGACUGUGGAGUUCAGCAGGGGCAGUACGGACUCUCUUGGCGUCAGUGUGGCUGGUGGGAAAGGCAGUCCUUUGGGGGACAUUCCCAUCUUCAUUGCUAUGAUUCAAGCCAGUGGACUUGCAGCAAAGACACAACAGCUCAAGGUGGGUGACAGGAUUGUCAGUAUUAACGGUCAGUCAGCAGACGGUCUGUCUCACAGUGAGGUGGUCUCCAUCCUAAAGAACAGCUAUGGAAACAUCAGUCUUCAGGUGGUGGCCGACACAAACAUCAGCAUCAUCGCCUCUCAAGUGGAGAGUUUAACCAGCGGCUCCAGUUUAUCUGCUGACACUGAAACGCACCACGCAGCUGAGUCUGAGGGUCCGCAGCCCAACACCAUCACCCUGGAGAAAGGCUCUGAUGGCCUUGGCUUUAGCAUCGUUGGAGGCUUCGGCAGUCCCCAUGGAGACCUGCCCAUCUAUGUGAAAACAGUUUUCAGCAAGGGGGCGGCGGCUGUGGAUGGGCGCCUAAAGCGGGGGGAUCAGAUCCUGUCAGUGAACGGUGAGAGCCUCCAGGGUGUGACACAUGAGCAGGCAGUGACCAUCCUGAAGAAACAGAGAGGAACCGUCACGCUGGAGAUACUGUCAUAACGUGACCUGAAUGCACACACAAACACUUUCAAACUGCAUGUCAAGUUUCUUCUCCCCAGUGUUUUCCCACUCAAACACACAUUGGAGGGUCAGACCAGCACGCACUGAUGUCAGACGUUCUUAGUUUCUUCCAGAACAUUAUGAAUUUCCCAAAGUCACAGAUCUGGUUCCAGUUCUGUUGCUUUAUAUUUUCAGUGUCUUUUAAAAACUUCAGCGUUUAAGUCAACUCAGUUUGCUUCCUUUUGGGUUUUUUCGGUGGCCUUUGUUUCAAAAAGUCCCAAACCGUAGCAAUCCAUGCAGCUCCUCAAUUCUGGUCUAUUUCUUUUGGGACAUAUACGUCUGGACACCAACAAAAAAGUUAAUGCAACGCACUAUUCUCCUGCGGGAUGUCCUCUGAUCAGAACUGAACCCGGAGAGGACCGUCAAUGCAUUCAUCUGUCCAGACAGUGGUGUUUGAUCUCACAACCUUCUCUUCUUUAGCUCAGUGGUUCUUCAUCAGAAUCCAGCUAAGUGGGACACAAACUCUAAAGUCCUAAACACCAAAAUCAGGCUUCUUCUUUGUUCAUUUUUACAAUGAUAAUUAGAAAUAUCAUACAAUACCAGACCUGCAGAAGGAUGAAGCGGAUCAGCUCCAACUGAUCUUUCCAAGCAUUUUGUCUGAAAUCCCAUCACUCCUUUCUGUUUUCCUGUGUAGCUCUGAUCCACAGCUUUGAUGGUAAAGCUGUUGUCUGGAGUUAUGACAUAUCUGUCACUGCAGAAGCAUCAAUAGAUCUGCAUUGAUCUCUUAAAGCAAACCCGUUGGCACGUUUGCUUUAAUGCAAUGAUCAAAAAAACAAUAUAAACACAAUUUUUGUUUUGUUUUAAGGAAAUGCCAAAAUUAGUUUUGCUUUUUUGCCUUUUUGGACAGAAAAAAAAGGUUGAGAUUCAAUAAGAAACAUGUUUGAAAUGUGCCAUCAUCCCGAAGCCAAACUGUGAGCUCUGGAUUAAAGACUUCUGUCACCGUUCAGCACACCUAUUGUUGCAGAAGUCUAGUUAUUGAGGGCGGAACCAUGACGUCCUGCUCUGUGCUGGGAAAUCGGAGUUAGAACGUCAGAGGGACUCGAGCAUAAUCCAACCUGUUUAGCUCUUAUAUCAGAAAUGAAACCAUGUAUUUUUGUGAAAAAAUAAAACAAAAGAGAUGAUCGUGGAGCUUCAUGACCUUCUGAUUCCAUCAGUAGCAGCUAGUUUUCCUGACAUUCAUCAGAAGAGCGUCAGCUGCCUAUUUUCUUUGACAAACUGCUUUGGAGUUAGUUUCCAUGGAAAGCCUCUUGAGCUCUAACUGUCAGGAUGUGGAAAAACUAUCCUGAAGACGUUAGUCCUUUAGGAAGCUUUGCAGAAUGUAUUGAAGAAAAUGGCACAAGACCGUUUUAACGGUGUUUAAAGGUAAGAGGUAAAUCUCACAGAUGCAGGAUUAAAGGCUUUCAUUAAACAGUCCCACAACAUUUUUGGUUUGAAGAUGAAUCUUAGUGAGCAUGAACACCCAAUCUUGCCCCCCAACAACAGACACGGUGUCUUCCAUAAUAGUUGUCAUAGAGAGGAAAAUGAAAUUAUUUUGUACAAUAAAUGUUUUGUAGAUGAAAAGAGGCCACAGUCUAAUGUUAACGCAGAGAUGUGUGCGCAUGUAAAUAUAAAUAUGAAACUAUAUCCUAGUUUCAGUCACGUUCAUUCAUUCUCAUCCUGAUGAUCUGUUGACACAACAUGGAAGGAUUCAAAAUUAGCAUAGAUUAAGGAUUGACCAGCUUUCUCUAAAAGAAAAAAAAAGUAGAUCCAAAGAAGCAAAUGUAACUUUUAAAGGAAACAAUGAAAUCAAAAACCAGUUUGUGAUUGCCCAGAAUUCAAAAUUGACUCUAAUUGAAAAAAACGUCUUGAAAUUGUAAUUGAAAUUAUGUUAUUAUUCUAAACUUUUCUCAAUUUCAGUUACACAAUUAUUUUUAGCAGCUGAAUCAAAAGUUAAUAUUUAGGCUAUUAGAGGCAAAAUGCAGGGAAAAAUUAGAUACUUUUAAUUAUGUUUUUUUUUCCAAUGUUGCUAACAUGUUAGCUUUGUUCUUAAAUAUUAGCUAGUUAUUGUUAGCUUAAUCGGUGGCCCUUAAACCAACAUAACCAGUUAAUCUGUCAAGCUGUCUGUUAUUUUCGACAUUUGUUUUAUUAAUGACCACAAAAAACCUUCUUUGAUCAUGUAAUCUUUGAUUUAGCCUUCCUAGUUAAUUGAAUAGCCAUCUAGGUGAAUAGCUAGCCAGCCUUUAUGGAUCAUCCAGCAAGUGUCCCCUUUCAAAGAUAUGCUGCUCCAUAUUUAAAGAUAAUUUAGAGACAUACAGUUGUAAUUUUAACAAUUUCAAAUAAAUAAUGUGUUAGCAGAUAAAUGUUUAUCCGCUGGUGGCAUUCUAAAUGGCAGAAAUACACAAUUAUGCUACAUAUCAAUCAUGUGCUAAUACUUUAUGUUGACGUAAUUACUGUCUAAACUGCUCUUAUUUUUGUAAAUAAAUUAUAAUUUAUUUUUUUAACUUCACUUGGAAUUAAUGUUAUUUUCCUUAUUGUGUAAUAGACAAAUAUGUUUAAAUAAUCAAAAUUACUAAUGAGAGCUUAGAAGCCUUGCGUUGUAUGUGACCUUUUGAACAUUAAAGACUUAUGUCAUGGUUUGAUUUUAUUUACAUGCAUAAUAAUUUGUCAUUAAUGUAUUUUGUUAAGACUUUUUUUUUUAUUCAAGCUUUGUUUAGCUCAAUCAUUAAAUAAAAAAUGAACAAAUGACA